AUGUCUUGCGGGAGCCCACAGCUCCGGCUUCUGAUAUUCCGGCGGCCCCAGCGCGCCCCUUCCCCUUAUUCUUCUUCUUCUACUACUGCAACGAUGGCAUCAAAUCACCUCUUCUCCGAUAAGUUAAGCCGAUUUGCUUCUCUUUCCCCUUCACUCAAUGUAAUAGAGAUGAGAAGGCGGAAUCGCGCUGAACUCAUGCGCUUUCGAAGCUUCAUGGCCAAAGAUGAGAGUGCUGCGGCCAUUUCUACAAAUUAUGAAGAGAGUAAUGGAAUUUCAGCAGAGGAAUCUAUUCGUGGAAAUGAAGACAAGAACAGAACUAGUAAUGUUCUUGUUUGCCAGUCCUCUCACAUCGACCUGAAGGAGAAGAAGAAGAAGGAAAAUUUUGAUUUUUCUUUAUCUGCUGCUGCUCAAAUAUUUCGAACUGUUAUUCUCAGAAAGAGAAGAUACACAAGCAUGAACCCUCCUGUUAAGUACUGGACAAACAUUUUCAAAUGUUUGAGUAAUGUUAUCAUACAUGAAUUUCUCUGUAUAGAUAGGUGGAGUUUUGAUGAAUGCGGGAUUAAAAUGAAGAUCCAUCAGAUCCUUAGGGAAGAAGGCCCUCGUACACACUCCUCAAAAAAGGGAACCCCAACUAUGGGUGGCUUGUUCUUUAUUCCAAUUGGCAUUGCCGUUGCAAGUAAAAUGUCUAAUUAUAACUCUUGGCUAGUUUAUGGAUCAAUUUUAGCAACUCUUGCAUUUGCAGCAAUUGGUUUAAUUGAUGAUCUCUUAAGUUGUAUUAAGGGUCACAAUUAUGGCCUCCCAGGAUGGAUUAAAUUUAGUUUACAGGUUGCAGUUGGAGCAUAUUUUUCUUUCUGGUUGGACUCAGUGCAUACUUCAAUGCCCUACGAUAUGAAAUUAUCAGUUCAACUCCCUCAGCCAUUUGGCCACGUAUAUUUGGGAAAAUAUUACCUUGCUUUGACGACAUUCUGCUUUGCUUCUAUGGGCAAUGGGGUUAAUUUGACUGACGGACUUGAUGGUUUGGCUGGAGGAGUUGCUGCAUGGGCAUUUAUAGGCAUGUCAAUUGCUAUUCUUGCAAUAUCUCCUGAUCUUGCAAUAUUAGGAGCAUCAAUGGCUGGCGCUUGUGUAGGCUUUUUAUUUCACAACAGAUACAAGGCUUCUAUAUUUAUGGGUGAUACUGGCUCCUUGGGCUUGGGUGGAGCACUUGCUACAAUGGCUUGUUGCACAGGAAUGUUUUUGCCAUUAUUUAUAUCCUCUGGUGUCUUUGUCAUGGAAGUACUAUCUGUCAUUUUGCAGGUGCUUUUCAUGAAGGUCACUGGAAAGUUGUUUGGAGUUAGACGACGAAUCUUUCGAAUGUCACCGAUUCACCACCACUUCGAAUUAUGUGGCUACAAGGAACCAGUUAUUGUUGCAAGUGCAUACUUCAUCUCAUGCAUUUUGGCCUUAAUUGCUGGAUAUAUUGGUAUUAUUUCAACUUGAAUCAAAUAUAUGUACUACUUCUGUUCUCCACAGCCAUAAUCUAAGACUGCUACAGCACCAAUUCUCCUAUUACAUGUACUGCCAUAUCUCAACUUUAGGUCAUAGAAGCCUCUAAUAAGCAGCAUAAGCCAUCAAUCAGCAGAUGACUAAGAGAUUUUGGCAUGUUUCAGUAUAAUUGUAUUCAAAGCUCUCAAAUAUUAA